AUGUCAUUGCAGUUGUUGAAAGCGCUACCCCAUUUGCGCAGUGCCACUUCAGCCGUGAGAAAUCCAAUAGCAAGAACAACGUGGAGCGAGCACAUUGCCACGAAAGUGUUUUUCGGCACCACUACCACAAAAGAUACUCCCGCAGCAGCACCACCACCCACUCAACCGCAGCCAUCACCGCCUACUUGGGGUGCCAAGAAACAGAAUAGAAAGGUCAAGCUAAGAUCUGCAGCUGCCGAGUUCAUUAUGUCGAAUCCGGAGAUCGAGGCCCAACUUGCUCCCCUGCGAGAGCGGGUUCAGGAGCAGGGAAACCUGGUGAGGGACCUUAAGGCAAAGGGAGCCCCCGAACUGGAUGUCAAGAAGGCGGUGGCUGAGCUGAAGGCCCGCAAGAAGCUGCUGGAGGACAAGGAGCUUGCCCUCACCCCCAGUGUCGUUAGCUUCGAUCGCGCCAAGAUGGAAGAUCUCCUAAAGCGUCGGUUCUUUUACGACCAGAGUUUUGCCAUUUAUGGCGGCAUUACUGGACAAUACGAUUUCGGACCAAUGGGCUGUGCCCUCAAGUCCAAUAUCCUGGCCCUAUGGCGUCAGUACUUUGCUCUCGAGGAGCAAAUGCUGGAGGUAGAUUGUUCCAUUUUGACCCCAGAACCUGUGCUGAAAGCCUCUGGUCACGUUGAGCGCUUCGCGGACCUGAUGGUCAAGGAUGUCAAGACGGGCGAGUGCUUCCGGCUGGAUCAUCUCAUCAAGCAGGCCCUGGAGAAGCUGUCGAAGGCCAAGGAGGCUACGCCUGCAUUGCAGGCAGAGUGCGAGGACAUCAUCAUUAAGCUGGAUGGCUUGAACAAACAGGAACUGGCCGAUGUCCUAGCCAAGUACAACAUCAAGUCUCCUUUAACCGGCAAUGAUUUGACCGAACCCAUCGAGUUCAACCUGAUGUUUGCCACCCAAAUUGGACCCACUGGCCUGGUCAAGGGCUUCCUGCGUCCGGAAACUGCCCAAGGUAUCUUUGUGAACUUCAAGCGGCUACUGGAAUUCAACCAGGGCAAGCUACCCUUUGCUGUGGCCCAAAUUGGCAACUCGUUCCGCAACGAAAUCUCUCCUCGAUCGGGCUUGAUUCGAGUGCGUGAAUUCACGAUGGCGGAGAUUGAACACUUCUGCGAUCCCGUGCUCAAGGAUCAUCCCAAAUUUGGUAACAUCAAAUCGGAGAAGAUGACCCUUUACUCUGCCUGCAACCAGAUGGACGGAAAGUCGGCUUCUCAAGUGGAAAUCGGUGAGGCAGUUGCCACCAAGCUGGUGGCCAAUGAAACUCUUGGCUAUUACAUGGCCCGCAUCCAACAAUUCCUCUUGGCCAUUGGCAUUAAGCCGGAGUGCUUGCGAUUCCGUCAACAUAUGUCGAACGAGAUGGCUCACUAUGCCUGCGAUUGCUGGGAUGCCGAGAUCCUCACUUCCUACGGAUGGGUGGAGUGCGUCGGAUGCGCAGACCGCAGUGCCUACGAUUUGGGACAGCAUACGGCGGCCACGGGUGUGCGUUUGGUGGCAGAGAAACGUCUACCGGCUCCCAAAACUGUGGAGGUCAGCGAAAUUGUGCCCAACAAACAGACCUUGGGCAAGACAUUCAAAAAGGAGGCCAAGAAUAUCACAGAUGCAUUGGCGAAGCUUUCGCUGGAGGAGAUUACCAAGGUCGAGGAGCAGUUGGCCAGCGAUGGCCAGUACAAGCUAACGACGGCCGACGGUCAAAGCCAUGAGCUUGGCAAGGACACCAUUAGUGUGAAGCACUCGACCAAAACGGUUCACGUGGAGGAGUUCAUACCUAGUGUGGUGGAACCAUCGUUCGGCAUUGGACGCAUCAUGUACUCCCUGCUGGAGCACAGUUUCCAGUGUCGCGAUGGCGACGAGCAGCGAUGCUACUUCACCCUGCCUCCACUGGUGGCUCCCAUCAAGUGCUCCAUCCUGCCGCUGUCGAACAACGCCGACUUCCAACCUUAUACUCAGAAACUCUCAUCGGCGUUGACCAAGGCAGAACUUUCGCACAAGGUGGACGAUUCCAGCGGCUCCAUUGGCAGGCGGUAUGCUCGUACGGAUGAGAUCGCCAUUCCCUACGGCAUCACCGUCGACUUUGACACUCUGAAGGAACCGCAUACGGUGACCCUGAGGGAUCGGAAUACUAUGAAGCAGGUGCGCGUCGGACUGGAGGAGGUUGUGGGCGUGGUCAAGGACCUGUCAACUGCGAGAACUUCCUGGGAGAAGGUCACCGAGAAGUAUCCUCUGUUCGAGCAGCAGGAGGCCAGCAAGUAACCGGAUGAUCAACCAAUUUCUCACGCUUGACACGCAUUUACAGAGCUACAGAGUUUUCUAAUUCUUUUAUAUCUACGCUUAAAGUUUAAUAAAAUUGCAACAUUUAAUGCUUUGCACUCAGAAA